AUGGAGGACAUUAUACUUGACGACGAGUGGACGCUUUUCUUUUCAAAUCAGGACCGGCACGGGGAUCAAAGCCAUCUAGCAGACUUUAUGGACAACAUACACCCGAUAAUGACGACGGACUCCCUUAAGGCCUUCUUCAAUUGCUAUCAGUUUUUGCGUCGGCCCAACGUUAUUGACUGUAAUCAGGGGUACCACUUCUUCAAGAAGGGAAUCCGACCGGCUUUCGAGGAUCCUGCGCAUGUCAAAUGCAUCAGGAUCAAGAUAAUGAUCGCGUCGGGCUAUGCAUCCAUGGUGUGGGAGUAUUUACUAAUGAUGAUUUUCAGGGGCCUUUUGGACGAGUGCCCGAAGGUCACCGGAAUAGAGUUCCGCAGGGGGAAGGUUGUUGCAAAUGAGUUUAUCGCCAUUUGGAUGCGUGACAAGACCGAUGAGGACCAGAAAAACCUGCUGGCCAUCCUGAAGAGGGAAUUCAAUCUCCAGGACACCAGCAUGUUCCACAUCCAGCCAUGA